AUGGGGAUGCAGGGCAGCAACGAUGAGGAACAGCAGGAAAAGUACUUGCUCUGUUUCCCGGCGGCUCAUAGAUCCCCCACCCACCCGGAGGCUUCCAAUCCCUCUCUGGCCUGCUCACCGGCUUCUAUGGGCGGGUACUCGGCGUGGACUGCCUACAUCUCCCUGCGCAAAUUCUAG